AUGCAGCUUCCAACGUACGUUAAUAGACCUUUUAAACCCCCAAGAAGGAUUAAUUCUGCUGGUUCAGAUUCUAAUGUCACAUUGAAGAGGCAGGUUGAGACUACCCCGAGCAAAGAUGUUAAGAGAUCUAAGCCGGAAUCGCAACCUAUGGAGGGAGAUCGCAAGUACUUCACGAUAAUGUAUCGUAAGCCAACGACAAAGAAACACAAGACCUGGAAUGGCGAUGGGUUUGCUCAAUUGAAACAGGGCAAUAGACUUGCAUUUUACAACGAAACUGGAAAAUAUUUCGGUAGCACCAGCGUAAAUGGAUCGCUGGAAUCGUACUUUUAUAACGUUUCGAGAGCUGGAUCUCUUGAAGUUCAAUUGGAUUACCAAGUUUCGGAUCCCAAGGAAUUGAGUAAAAUAUGCAGCUUGAUUGAAACCGGUAACGAAUCAAGCGGUAGACCCACAUCCCAAUCUUCACUAGCGCCUUCACCAAAGGGUUCACCGCCAAGAUUGACCCCCAAAGUCGUAACGCAAUUUAGGACAUCGCUUAAACCAUCCAAAUUUCAAACCCCAACUACGAAUGCCAACUCGACUAAAGAUCAAAGGGACAAGAAGUACUUACCUGUAUUUGACAUCGAUAAGAUUGAAAACCCCAUUGUGAUGAACAAAAGCUUACGUGCCGACGUGGAUGUGGUGGUAGAUCCGAUGCUAAGCAAGCUCUUGAGACCUCAUCAACGGGAUGGGGUUAAGUUUAUGUACGAUUGUGUCAUGGGUUUAGCAAGACCUGACGAUGGUAUUGACACUGCUUCGAAAAGUCUUGUUUUGGAGAAUGAUUCUGACAUUCAAGGAUGUAUUUUAGCCGAUGAAAUGGGGUUAGGUAAGACUUUGAUGACAAUAACCCUGAUUUGGACAUUACUCAAGCAAACUCCUAUGGCCUCCAAAGUUUCCUGUUCUCAAAAUGGCGUCCCUUUACAAGGCCUCUGUAAAAAAAUUAUUAUCGUUUGUCCCGUUACAUUGAUUGCCAAUUGGAAAAGGGAGUUUGGUAAAUGGCUUAACCUUUCUAGAAUUGGUAUAUUGACGCUAAGUCCUCAAAACAACGCUGAGAGGGACAUUUAUGAUGUUAAAAGUUUCCUAAGAGUACAAAGAACUUAUCAAGUCCUAAUUAUUGGUUAUGAGAAAUUGUUAUCAGUAGCACAGGAACUAGAAAAUGGAAAGAAUCUUAUUGAUUUAUUGGUAUGCGAUGAAGGUCAUCGAUUGAAGAAUGGGUCCUCUAAAGUUCUUAACAUUCUGAAAAAUCUUGAGAUUCCAAGGAAAAUAAUCCUAUCAGGAACACCAAUUCAAAAUGAUCUUAACGAAUUUUUUACAAUUAUCGAUUUUAUAAAUCCUGGUGUAUUGGGUAGUUACCCAUUUUUCAAGAAAAGAUUUAUGACCCCCAUUACGAAGGCCAGAGAUCCCGCCAAUAGAUUUAAUCUCCAUGUCGUGGAAAAGGGACAAGAAAGAUCGGAAGAAAUGAUUUCUAUCACUAGGAGGUUCAUUCUCAGAAGAACGAAUUCAAUUCUCAGCAAAUACUUACCACCCAAAAUGGAUAUCAUUCUUUUUUGCAAACCAACGAACCAUCAGAUUUCCGCGUUUAAAGAUAUUUUACAGGGGGCAAAUAUCGAUUUGCAACGUCUGAACUUCAAUUCCUCCCUUGCAUUAAUUACACUUUUGAAAAAAAUUUGCAAUUCACCCACUCUCAUACAAACGGAUUCCUACUAUAAAUCCAGUAUGCAAAAUAGUAGGAUUUCUCAAAAAUAUCAAAAUGAAUACAAUUCAGGAAAAUUAAGAGUUUUGAUGAAAUUACUCAAUCAAAUCAAAAUUGAGACAACUAGCGACAAAGUUGUGGUAAUUUCUAAUUAUACCCAAACUCUUGACAUUAUUGAAAAUUUGAUGGCAUCGGCGGGUAUGAGUUCGUGCCGCCUUGAUGGAUCUACCCCAGCAAAGCAAAGGGAUGCGAUUGUGAAUAAUUUUAAUCAUAAUCCAUCUAUAUUUGCAUUCCUUUUGAGUGCCAAGUCCGGUGGUGUAGGCCUAAAUUUGAUCGGUGCUUGUCGUUUAAUUCUGUUUGACAACGACUGGAAUCCUUCAGUCGAUUUACAAGCAAUGUCUAGAAUCCACAGAGAUGGACAGAAGAAGCCAUGCUACAUAUACCGCUUGGUAACUACUGGUUGCAUUGAUGAAAAAAUUCUGCAACGGCAGCUCAUGAAGAAUUGUUUGAGUCAAAAAUUUCUAAGUGACACAAAAAGUACCAAAGGCAGUGCAGAUGAUGACCUUUUCAAUAAAGAAGAUUUGAAAGAUUUAUUCACAGUAUUAGUAGAUACACCGAGUAAUACUCACGAUUUGAUCUGCUCCUGCGAGGGUAUUGGAGAAGAAGUUACCUUACAAGACCACCAAGAUUCACAAAACAAUAAGAAUUAUGAAAGUUCACGCGAGCAUAAGCUAUCGAAAUGGAAUAGUGCCUUCGAGGCUCAAAAAGUCAUGGAGGAGAUUGAAGCGAGUGCCAGCAAGAGUAAGGAAUGCAAUAUCAAGAAAUGUUUGAUUGGAUAUAAACACAUCGAUCCAAACAAAACUCAUGAUUUAUUGGACGACGUGGCUACAGAGGCUCUGAAGAGUCUUCAAAAUGAUAUAACUUUUGCAUUUGUUCAUCCUGGUGAAAGCCACCUAGAAGGAACAUCCCAUAAAUAA